AUGCCCGUGCCGGCAUCUCCCGGCCUUCUCGCCCCGUCUCCGCUGAAUCUGCCGUCGCUGUCUUCGCCGACUCUGCCCUCCCGCGGCCGCCUUCCGCAUUCUGGCCUCCGGCGCUUUCCAGAGCUCUCUCUAGAGCAGCUCGAACGAGACUGGCUUGAAUUCACGCGCAGAGAGGCCCCCGAGUCUCCGCCUGCAUCAUGGGCUAGAGCUAGACAAUCGUGCCGCACGCCCCCCGCGCGGCUCCAGCCAGAGGAACCGCGGCCGGUUCUCGAGGGCGAGCGACACCACAGCGUCCCAAAAUUCUCUGCGCGCGACGAGAUCACAAGAGGCGACAGCCUUCUUCAGACAGACGCUUUACAUCCAUCCAGUCGCCGGAGGCCUGCGACUCGUGAAAGCGAGCGAGGCGACUCCGUUCGCGAGCCAGAGGAAGUCGCUCCGCACUUUGUUCCGUACUACCUCACGACUGUCCACGGGAAGACUGCGCGACCUGACUCUGAAGGCGCAGAGCGAGGCGCAGUAGAGCUCGGAGACACCAACUGUGGCGCGUGGGAGGAGACAGAGUCGGAGGCCCAACUAACGGGAGGGUUGAGCGACGACGACUCCGUGAGCACCGCCGCCCCGUUCGAGACCCCGUCUGCGUUCCCAAGUCUGGUAGAAGACCUCCGGCGGCAGACAGACGACCUCAACGAGGGCCUGGAUCACCUCAUUCGCAGCCUCAUUCUGCACAACAAACGCGCGCAGCUGUCUGAGGGGGACAGCGACACCACCUCUGAAACGACUGGCGGUAUCGAGGCUGUGAAACUCCACUAUCAGGAGGCGCUGGAAAAAGUCCAAGAGGCGCGCCUGAGAGACCGCGCAAAGAGCGACGUGCAUGCCGCGAAACUCCAGAGUCAGCUCCAAAAUUUCCAGACAGAAAAUCAGAAGCUGCAGUCCGCAAUAUCUGAGAAAGACAUCCUUGUCAGAAGGCUUCAGGCUCAGGUGAAGGCGCUGCGAAUCGCUCGGUCUUCGAAGUCAUCCGAAUCUGAACCCUCGGAAGUUGACGCGCUGUUCGCGACGCUCCUCAUCCCCGAGGCAGAGACCGCGGGCUCCGCCGACUCGUGCGGAGUGGUGGAUCUGACGCAGACUAGCCAGCGCCUAGCUCGGAAUGUCACAGCUGGACUGAAGGGAGUGAAAAAGAAGGACGAUGAGGCUGCUUUGGAGACGCCAGCCGACAUUCUCAAAGCGGAGUUCGAGCUGAAGCUCCGCGCGCUUCGAAACAUAAAGGGCUCCAGUGCGCCGCCUCUCCACGAGUGGCUCCGCGUCUUUGUGUCUGCGUGGAGAACUCUGCAGACGCGACUCAAGAGCGUCAGCAUUCCAGACAAGCCGACGGAGAAAGUACUUCAGCUCGCGAAGGAGAAAAUCGAAAGAGAAAAGGCCCUCUCUUUCAAAGCCGUUAUCCAAGUCCAACAGGAAUGCCUGCGGGUUAUGAAACAGGUCUUCGAGACGCCUUGGCGCGCAGACGAGCUGACAAAGGAGAACAAAGAGAAGGACGCGACGAUCUCUGUUCUGUCGCGGGAUCUCGACGCCGCGCGCCGCGACAGUGCGACACUGCGGAAGGAGCUGAAGCGCUGCAGGAGUUCCAUCGAACACCUCGAAAACCGUGUCCAUGCUUUGUCGUCCAACUUGGGCUUGUGUCAAGAAGACUUGGCGACGCGUUUCGAGCAGGUCUUGGAGACGCGGGGCCGCUUGAGGGAGACGCAGGCGACGCUGCAGGACACAGAAGUCGCUCUGGAAAUCGCGAGGGCAGACGCGACAAAGGCGGAAGAUCGGCUGAAAGAGGUGUUUGUUCUCUACAGGGCAGCUCAGCUCCAGGCCGAGGACCUGAACGCCCACUUAGAAGAUAAGACAAGCCUCGUUGAAGGACUGCAGGAGGACCUCGAGCGCUUUGAGAAGGCCAACGCCGAGCUCGCAGAGGACCUGCACGCGACGCGCGUCCAACUCACCAAGACGACAAUCGAGCUGCAGGCGGAGCACCUGGCAGCCUCUCAGGAGCGCGCCUCGGAGGUGUCCGAGUGGCACGAGCGGCACCGCCGCGUCGAGGAGAAUCUGCUCGCCGCGCUGAAGCGACCCGAGACUCAGGCGCUCCGCCACAGCAGCCGGAGCUUCACUGUGCGCGUCCGGAGUCCGCGCGCGCGCCCGACGGGAGUCUUCUCUCGCCUAAAGUCCUCGCGGAGCGGCGGGCCGUCUCGUCACGGGCUCACGGGCCUCAUCUCUGCCGUCCUCCGCAGCGCAAACGAGGAGGAGACGCGAACGCAUCCCUGCCUCCUUGGAAGUCGCGCGCGCGGAGCGGGCGCGCCUGCAGCUGCUCCCUGCUACACAGGCUCGGGCGCGCGUAGCGACGCGGAGGCGCUGGAGACCUUGGAGGACUCGUGGAAGUCGAUUAUGCAGACGGUGAAGCGAGUGGAGCGUCAAGUCCACGCCGUCUACUCCUCGUCGCGGUCUCACACUGUGUUUGCGCGCGACCUGAAGCGCUUCCAGCGCCUGCUAGAAGAUCUGCAGCCGGAGUACCGUCGUGCCGAGAAGGCCUUCGAGCUGCUGCGCUGCGAGGCCGAGGCGAAGGCCGUGCGGCCGCGGUCGCCUCACUUUGUGAUGCUAGGCCCGACUGGGACACUUCAGCGACGAGACUUCAGGCUGCGGAGGGGGAGCAAGAGCUCCUUCGCGAAACAGAAGGGCGUGCGCCGAAGAGACAGCCAGCCAACCAGGAUGGCGAGCUGGGAAGCCAGCUUGCCGCGGAGAUUCAAACAGAAAUACCGGGCGCGGCAGCCCCCAGGGGGGAGUCCUGAAAGAGCCAGGGGUCCGUGGAGACUGCGGCGAGGAAGCUCAAUAUGCGAGAGCGACGCCACCCCCGCGUUUUACGACACCGCCCUCGAGAACUCCAGCAAAUCAGAGAACAGCCACGGAGAGGGAGGCUGUCGACCCGAGGACGACAGUCGCAGGCCUGAGGCGACGGAGACUUCGGAACACGAGGCAGAGAGUCUCGCUCGAGACACGCAAUCCUCCUCCGAUGGGCGCGGCCGCGCACACAUGCUUUCGUGCUUCCAUGCGACGCGAGUGAAGAGGCGACUCCGGCGAGCGUCUUCGGCAGGCAGCAGCCCCACUGAGAGCGACGAUCUUUCCUCGCGUGGAUCUCGCAGGCGCAACCUUUCGCUGUCGUCCGACCUCUGCCGCACCCGCAAGGAGAGCGACGGCACGCCGCGCAGUGAAGACGCGGCCGCGAAGUUCUCGCCCUCCCGAGACAUCAAGCGCCUGGAGGCGGAGUUGGCUCGCGCGAACGACAUUAUCCAGGAGAUUGAGCAGACGCUGCUUCUCCCUCAGGACUACUUUAAAAAAACGCGAGACCUCACAGAAGAAAACGUCCGCCUCAACCUCGUCGUCUGCUCUCUCCGCGCAGACAUCGAGCGCAUCAAAGUCGAACGGCAGGAACUGGAAGCGCUUCAACAAGUUGGCGCCGAUUACGCCAAGUUCCAGGCGGAGACCGAGAAGCGAAUCCGCGACUUUGAGAAACAGCUGAAACUCGAAGUUGCGGCCGCGCGCCGUGGCGCCCACGCUGACGGGACGCCAGACAGCGAUGCAGGUCUGGCGAGGAAGAAGCUGGAGAACAUGAGAAUUGAGCAUCAGCUCGAGAUUCGAACCCUCCGAGACAUGAACGCCCUCGAAGUGGAGAGACUGAGACAGAACCAUGCACGAGAGAUCGAAGUCCUUCAGCAAGCUAUUCAGUCCGUCAAGGAUAACGCCGAGCUCGACUACCAGAAGAAAUGCAAGCUCUUGAUGCUGCAGCAGGACACAGCCGUGGAGAAGAUGCGCUGCGAGCUCGAGACGCAGUUGCGCGAUAUGCGGCGGCAGUACGAGAGAGAAAUUCAGGACAAACAGAAAGACCAAGUGGAAGCCCUGAACAAGGCGGAAGUUGCGCAGCAGGCCGCACUCGUGGAGGCCUCACGCGACUUCAACAAGCAGCUCAAAGACGUCGAGAAACAAUAUGAAGACAGACUCCUCGCGCAUCAGGUUCACGUUGUAAAGGAACGCGACUGCCUCAUCGCCAGAUUCAAGAAGAAGGUGGAGGGUCUGACAGCCCAACUCGCAGAGCAACAGGCGGAAGUGCGGAAGGCGAGGGAGGCGCAGGAGCAGAGCGAGGGGGAGCGGCUGCGGCAUCUGGCGGAGCUAGAGCGGCAGCUGCGCGCGGAGACGCUGGAGAAGGAGGAGUUGCGCGAGGCGCUGAGCCGCGAGUCGUCGCGAGCCGAGAGCCUCGCGGAGGAGCUCGGGUCGGCGAAGAGACAGGGCGGGCGCCUCAGCUCGGCGGGGCUGUCGGACCACGGGUGCCAAGCCGAGCCGUCGGUGCGGACGCGAGGCACCCAAGUCGACGAGACAGUUCUGGAGUACAUCCGCGAGUGCACAGAGAUUUCGCAGGAAGCGAUGCAGGGUAGAAGCGACGUCGACAGGGCCAGCGACGUGCUGGACCCGAGACACGGAGACAGGCAGCAGGCCAAGCAUAGGCUGGCCUACCGCGAGUCGACGUUCCUGUCCUCCCCGCCGCCAGAAAGCGUUCUUCGCGGUCACCCGCCGGGCGCGGCGGCAACCAACCGAAGUCGAACGAGUGUGCUGGCGACCGAAGGGGACGAGGGAGAGAUGCACGUAGACGCGACAGAGGAGAAGGCGACGGCGAAGCUCCAGCAGAGCUUGAAGCCCCCGCGGGAAGGCGCCGCACCAAAGCCAGCGGGGAGCGCGAGGAUGCCCGCGGCCGCUGAACGGCUCACGAGUGACCAGGAAGAGGAGGAGGGCGCAUCUAUGGGGCAGGAAGAAGACCUGUUCAGAAGAGUCGCCGAAGUCGCGCUUCGGGCGAAGUCCGGGAGCCUGGAGCCGCCGCGACACAUGCCUGCAGAGAACCGCGCGCGGAACGAGCUUAGCUGCGCGACCGGGGUCAUCCACGCGUCGUCUCAGGGGGCAGUUGCCCCUGGCUCAGAGGACCGGAAGCCCGUCCACGCGCUCCCCCCCAGGGGCUCCUCACCCCGCUCUUCUGCCCGCGGGGUUGCGACCCCGGUGCCGGGCCGCUCUCCGCCAUCCCGUCGGGAAGACCGCCAAGCAGCGGCGGGCGCGAAAGCGGUCAGGCCAGAGACUGCUUCUGCGUUGUCGUCCGCGAGUGCCUCCUCCUCCUCCCCGGUCGGCGGCUCACGAGCCAAAGCGCUGGAAGCCCUGAGAAAGGCGCGACCCGACGCCUCGGCAUGCGCAAGCUCCUCGCGUGCUCCCGUGGCGAGCGCGUCAGCCAGCGCUGCGCUCUCGAAGCUUGCUGCAGGAGGAGGACUCCAGCGGCGAGCCGAUGACGCCGAGAGGAGGGGUUCGUCCACGACACAGAUGAAAAAGAAGGAAGUUCCGUCUUUCAGAAAAGAGAAUGCAUCCGUGGGCGGUCGGGGUUCGGCGACGGCGGAGCGCGGCGGCCCGACGGACUCUGACAGGCAGGGGUGGGACGGGAACGCUGCGGCGUCUUCCGGGUCGGCUUUCUCCAACGGCGAGGACCUGGGUGGAAGGGGGGAAUCGGACGAAGCUUCGGGAUCUGCGGUGCUGCGCGCGGCGGAAGAGGAGGAGCUUUUGCGGCUGCUCAGGCGCGCAGCGGACCGCAGCGAGACGGACUUGAACAAGGCGGACUGCCUGGAGGCGAAGUUGUCGCAAGGUCGGUCAUCGCUCCUGCGCGACGACAGCGUCCGGGCCCUGCCGGCCUCUCUCGACUCUGUGCUGCAGAAAUUCAAAGAGCGUCUCAAGCCGUCAAACUCCGUCCUCAAAGCGAUUCGGGAUACCAGCGGGACUUUGAAGAUUGCCCCCGCCGGCUCCAGGCACUCCGAAUCGCGGCCCUCGUCAGCUGCUGCGGGCGAGUACGCGUGGGAGCCCAGACAGGAUUCAAAAUCUCAGUGGCAGGACAGAGAGCGAUACGAGGAUUUCCGCAACGCAGACAGGGGAGAGGUGCCCCGGAGCAGCAGCCGGCUAGACCAUUCUCUGCCUCGAGAGGAGCGUCAACGUGGUGGUCACGACAGGACAUCCCUCUUCGAGCGAAGAUGGGAGGUCGGCGAACCAAGAAACCUCGCGGCAGACCCCGGCUCCAGCAGCGCUUCGUCUCUCCUCGAGGCGCUGUCGGCUACCUCGCAUCAAAUGAGGCUCGAGCGGAGCGCUGUCAAGUAUGGCCUUGAUCACCUGCGUCACAGAGAAGGAGCCAGCUGGUGGUUUUCCGGUGCGAAGGCUGCAGCAGCGGGAGGCGCGCGACCCUCUCUUGCUGAUCAGAUGGAGACAUUGGAGUCAUUGGAGCUUCUUUCACGACAGCUGCGCGGAGCGAAGCUGCAGGGCAGCCAAUAA